ACUGAAUUUUCAGGUCUUCAGCGGUCUUUGAACAAGCUGUUUCAUCUUUUCCGCUAAAAGAACUGAUUGCUAAAAUCAUGUCCCGAUUAAGCUGUUUCUUUCUUUUGGCCGCUUUGAUGUUCCACAGACAAGUCAGCUGCGCCUGGGAAGAUGAUUCCAGCGAAGAGGAACCCAAAAUUGCUAGACAAGUCGUAGAUAAUUCCUUUCGCUCACCUUAUAGAUUCGCUGCUUAUCCUUGGCAACAGUGGAGCUCCCCUUACGCCAGUUACCAGCCCCGAUAUCAGCCGAGCUUCCGAGUGCCACAGGACGCGGUCACCGUCUAUUCUCAAUCUACGCCCGGAUUCACUCAGAGCUGCAAAUCGUCGUGCACCGGAGAAAGAGGCAACUGUUUCGAUGCUGGAACUUGCUCUUCAUUGGGUGGCAGAGCCAGUGGCAAUUGCCACGAUGGCCGUGUUUGUUGCAUCAACGUAGUGAAUACCUGUCACGGUAAAUACUCACGUCACAGCGACGCCGUUACGCUCAACAACACUUAUUGGCAAUCGUCUUUGAGGCCUAUCCCUGCUUCGUCCAGCUGCACAUUGACCGUUAAAUUAGACACAAGAUUACCUGAUAACACACCGGCCCCAGUCUCUCCUCUGUCUAUUUGUCAAGUCCGUUUGAGUUUCCUGGUGUUUACAAUCUCUCAGCCGGAUUCAGAAUCCAUCUGCAGCGGUGACUAUUUCGAAGUAGCCGGAGCCACGAACACAGUCCCCAAUAUUUGCGGAUUCAACGAUGGACAGCAUAUGUAUUUGCAUGUGCCACCAUCGGAUGUGACGCCAACAGAUUUGCAAUUGACAUUCAAUUUUGGUGCGUCUGAUAUCGAGACCCGUGCAUGGAACAUUUUGAUUUCCAAGAUCCCUUGCGGCUCGCCAAGACUAGCGCCAGCGGAUUGCCUCCAAUACUUCACCACCCGAUCAGGAGUCGUUCAGACGUUCAACUGGAGAGAUGUGGCCGGUACAGCCACUCGGCAAUUAGCUAAUCAAGACUACAGCAUUUGCUUCCGAUCAGCGCCGUAUUCUCCUAGACAAUUGUGCCUGACGCCAUGCACGGUGGUGACGACGCAGAAGCCAUUUAGCCUUAGCACGCCUUCUGUGCAAACGACUGUCGCUACGACAACCGCUACUUCACUGAGGCCCGAUGUCAGUCAGGUGGGAUCCCUGGACUGCAACAACGACUUUGUCGUCAUUCCUGGAGGAUUCAAUAUCGGCAAUCCUGCGCCAGUUCCAAACAUGGCCUUUGAUCGUUACUGCGGAGAGAAGUUCAACGUUCUUCCUGGCAACAAUGCUUCCACCACUGUUUGCACCACUGCAACGCCAUUUAGGGUGUUGUAUCGCACCAAUCGCGACGAGACGUUGACUUCCCCGACAGCAGAUUCGUUCCCUGUCAAUUCAAUUCCUGUUAAUGGAAACCGUGGAUUCUGCCUCAACUUCCGUCUACAAUAAUAAAAACUCUUAUAAUCAAUAAUGAUUUCUUUCAGUGGUGGCGGCGAAGGGAACACCAUUUCGAUUUACAUUUUCAAUAACCAACCCACACUUAAAAAUCGUUUCAAACUCAACCUGUACUGACAUUUGGUGUUGUAGUGUGCUUAAUCGAAAAGAAUAAAAUACAAAUAACGUUAAAACAA